UUCCACUGUAAUUGGAAGGCCAAUCUAGAGGGUGAAUUGGAGUCGGUGAACCAGUGAAGCAGAAGCAGAGUUGCAGAUUGGCAUUAGAGAUUUCCAUACUUUUCCCAUCAUGAAUCUUUCCAUUAUCGUCUCCGCUUCCAUCGUUCUCGUUCUCUCCAUUCUCUUGCUUCCAUUUUCUCCCUUCGACUUACCCAAACAAUGGUUAGAUUUCGUGUUAAGAAGAUCAUCGACAUCAACGUCCAGAGAAUUAAUGGCGGAUAUGAUAGUGCACAAUGGGGUUAUUUUCACCAGCGAUGCGUCUUUGCCUUUCGCCGAUUCUAUGGCUGUGCUAAACGGUAGAAUUCUCAGUGUUGGCAACUAUUCAUCUCUUCAGAAUUUUGCUGGUGAUAAGACCAAAGUGUUGGAUCUUGAAGGGAAAGUAGUGGUUCCUGGAUUUAUUGAUUCACAUGUCCAUUUCAUUUAUGGUGGGCUGCAGAUGAUGCGUGUGGAGCUACGAGGUGUGAAUGGAAAAGAUGAAUUUGUGAGAAGGGUCAGGGAAGCUGUAACAAAUUUGGAAGAAGGUUCCUGGGUAUUGGGUGGUGGAUGGAACAAUGAUCUAUGGGGAGGAGAAUUACCAGUAGCCUCUUGGAUAGAUGAUAUAACACCAAAAAAUCCUGUUUGGUUAACUAGGAUGGAUGGUCACAUGGGUUUGGCUAAUUCAAUGGCACUGAAGUUAGCUGGAAUCAGUAGUUUAUUACAAAAUCCAAAUGGUGGAACCAUUUUGAGGUCUGCUGAUGGAGAACCUACUGGAUUGUUAAUUGAUGCUGCAAUGAAACUCAUUCUGCCCUGGAUCCCAGAGGUCUCAGUAGAUGAAAGAAGGGAGGCUGUGCUUAUAGCUGGCAAUCUUGCCUUGAUGAGGGGGGUGACAACCGUUGUUGAUUUUGGAAGAUACUUUCCUGGGGCAUCGAUAGAGAAUUCAUGGGAGGAUCUUUCAGAUGUAUAUCAAUGGGCUGACUCUUUAGGCAAGAUGAGGAUCAGGGUUUGCUUAUUUUUCUCGAUGGAAACAUGGGCACGCCUAGUUGAUCUUAUUACAAAAACAGGUCGAACUCUGAGUGAUUGGAUUUAUUUAGGUGGUGUUAAGGGUUUUGCUGAUGGAUCUUUAGGUUCCAAUAGUGCACUCUUCUAUGAGCCUUAUAGUGAUGAACCUCACAACUAUGGCUUACAAAUCACAAAUGUCGAAAAUCUUUUCAACAUGACUGUGGCCUCAGAUAAAGCUGGACUUCAGGUGGCAAUUCAUGCCAUAGGCGACAAAGCCAAUGAUAUGGUCCUAGAUAUGUACGAAUCCGUAGUUUUAACAAAUGGAAAAAGGGAUAGAAGAUUUCGGAUUGAGCAUGCCCAGCACUUGUCACCUGGAACAAUUUCUCGGUUUGGUGAGCAAGGGAUCAUUGCUUCAGUACAGCCAGAUCACCUACUGGAUGAUGCUGAUUCUGCAAGGAAAAAGCUUGGUAUGGAUAGGGCUGAAAGGGGAUCUUACCAAUUACAGUCACUCCUAGCUAGCAAUGCUCAGUUGGCAUUAGGUUCUGACUGGCCGGUUGUACAUAUCAAUCCUUUGAGAAGCAUCAAGACUGCAAUGAAAAGAAUACCUCCUGGUUGGGAAAAUGCUUGGAUUCCAUCAGAGUGCCUUUCACUAAAAGAUGCAAUAAUUGCGCACACUAUUUCUGCUGCCUAUGCAUGCUUUCUGGAUGAUGAUCUGGGAUCUUUAUCUCCUGGUAAGCUAGCAGAUUUUGUCAUGCUUUCCACCAGUUCCUGGGAUGACUUUGAAACCGAAGCUUCUGCAUCAGUUGAGGCAACAUAUAUAGCUGGUUCCCAGGCCUAUCCUUGAAAGCACUUUCCAUGAAACAAAUACAAGAUAAAGGUGAAAGAGAGAAUUUGUUUCAGUGGCUUCAUAUAACUGGGAUAGAAACUGGUGGGUAGGAACUUAUUAGGAUAUGGUUGCUUCAGAAGCACUUGUAUUUAGUUCCCUGUAAAAGAAUGUUGAGGCAGAAUUCAUGUAA